AUGGAACCUGAAUGCCCUCAGGUAACAGCUGAAGAACUGCAUUCAGUUGAGUUGGUUUUGAGCGUAGGGCCAACAUUGGAAGAAGAUAAAGGGAAAAAACAAACUAGGGGGAGAAAAAACACAAAGCCAAAGCAAGUUCCAAAACAAGUCAUACCAAAAGGUUUAAACGAACUGCUUUACAAGACAAUAGAACAAGCAAGAAUAAGAGGUGAAAAAAGAUGUGCAGAACUUGGAGACAAAUUUUGCUCACCUUACUGCAAUAGAGUGGUGAACAUGCAUGAAGCCCUCUUGAACCAAGAAUUGAGUGUGAUCCGCUUCACAUUUGCUACCUUUGCAGACUUGCAAGAAGAGUUUUACCGAUCAAAAACUAAGGUUGCAACAUUCAAAGCUGUGUUUGAAAGCUUCUUCAGGGAACAAUACGUAGCAUCGAACGGGAUAGAUGCAUUUGUAGAUAUUCUAAACCUUGAAGAGAAGAAAAGGGAUAGAAAAUCAUCACCACACAGAUUCUUCUUGUUUUCCACAAUGAUGCCGGAUAUCUUUUACGACGAGGAGAAAUACACAGAUGACCAACGACUCAAAAUAUUUGCCUCAAAUUUUGAAGACAUGUUAAAUAGAUAUGAGGUAAAAAAACUUGAAUCGGUUGACCUGGUGUUUAUUCCGGUACUUCAAGGUGACCACUUCUAUGUGUUGUGCUUCAACUUAAAAACCGGCGUAAUUGAGCUGAUUGACAAUUCAGCUGCAAAACAAGAGUUUAAGGAAAGAUACAAGGGGCUCCCAGACACACUGAGAAGGGUAUUGGUUUUAUACCUACAAAAUGCUUUAAAACCAACACCGGCUAUACAACAACUUGCAACCUCAGUGAUAGAAAGAAAAGAAAUGGAAUGGAGGACGAAGAAUAACUGCGUAGACUGUGGAGUGUUUACGAUGCGUCACAUGGAAACGUACAAAGGUGACCAAAAACCAUGGGCGACAGGAUUUGUGAAUGAAGAUGAAGUAAACAACAGACAGAAAGCACAACUUCAUCUCCUAAGGACAAGAUAUCUCAGCAAAAUCAUUCUGUCAGAACACAACAUGCAUCGUCUUAAAAUAAUUAAAAUGGCCAAUGCUUUCGACAAAAUGCCAGACAAAGAGAGAUAUAUGAAAGAUCUGGAUAAGGAAAUCCCAGAAAGGAUGAAAAUAUAUUUUGACAGGGGAAACUAA